CUUUGCCUCCUUAUUUGGGUUUUCUAACCCUCUAUAAAAGCCAAGCACUAGUGGUUUGUGUUCUCUAAAGCUUCCUACGUCAAAACUUGUUAAUCAAUUCUUACUGUGCCUGGAAAACUCAAGCAGUCACUAUGGGCGAUGCUAUGAUGGCAGAGUUCGGUAAGGCCGCUCCCUUCCUGAGAAAGUCUGAUAAAGAGCGUCUCGAAGCUCAAACAAGACCCUUUGACAUCAAAACGCAAUGCUUUGUUGUGGAUGAAAAAGUGGAAUUUGUGAAGGGGCUGAUCGUUAGCAAGGACAAUGGAAAGGUCACUGUGAAAACCGAGGAUGGGAGAACGGUGACCGUCAAGGAUUCAGAUGUUCACCCCCAGAACCCACCUAAAUUCGAUAAAAUCGAAGACAUGGCCAUGCUCACUUUUCUUCAUGAGCCUGCAGUGCUGUUCAACCUCAAAGAGCGUUACGCAGCCUGGAUGAUCUACACCUACUCAGGGCUGUUCUGCGUAACCGUCAACCCGUACAAGUGGUUACCGGUGUACGAUUCAGAGGUGGUCUCUGCCUACAGAGGUAAGAAGAGGACUGAGGCUCCUCCUCAUAUCUUCUCAAUCUCAGACAAUGCUUAUCAGUACAUGCUAACUGAUCGGGAGAACCAGUCUGUCCUUAUCACUGGAGAAUCCGGUGCUGGAAAGACCGUUAACACCAAGAGAGUCAUCCAAUAUUUCGCAAGCAUUUCUGCUGGAGGUACUGGAAAGAGAGACCCUAGCAAGGGAACCCUGGAGGAUCAAAUUAUUCAGGCUAACCCUGCACUUGAAGCUUUCGGAAAUGCCAAAACUGUGAGAAAUGACAACUCGUCUCGUUUUGGAAAAUUCAUCCGCAUUCAUUUUGGAACAAGUGGUAAACUCUCUUCCGCUGAUAUCGAAACGUACUUGCUAGAAAAGUCUCGUGUGACCUUCCAGCUGAAAGCUGAGAGGAAUUACCAUAUCUUUUACCAGAUAUUGUCUAAUGAAAAGCCUGAACUACUGGACAUGCUGCUGAUAACCAACAAUCCAUAUGACUAUUCUUACAUCUCCCAAGGAGAAGUAACUGUUCAGUCUAUCAAUGAUAGCGAGGAGCUGAUUGCAACUGACCAGGCUUUUGAUGUUCUUGGCUUUACAUCAGAAGAAAAGAUGGGAGUCUACAAACUGACAGGUGCUAUCAUGCACUAUGGCAACAUGAAAUUUAAACAGAAACAGCGUGAAGAGCAGGCAGAGGCUGAUGGUUCAGAAUCUGCAGAUAAGGCAGCUUAUCUAAUGGGGCUGAACUCAGCUGAUCUGCUGAAAGGACUCUGCCAUCCAAGGGUCAAAGUGGGCAAUGAGUAUGUCACCAAAGGACAGAGUGUGGACCAAGUGUAUUACUCAAUCGGUGCACUGGCAAAGUCAGUGUACGAGAAAAUGUUCAACUGGAUGGUGGUGAGAAUCAACCAGUCCCUUGACACCAAGCAACAUCGGCAACAUUUCAUCGGUGUGCUAGAUAUCGCUGGCUUUGAGAUCUUUGAUUUAAACACGUUUGAGCAACUCUGCAUCAAUUUUACCAAUGAAAAGCUGCAACAGUUUUUCAACCACCACAUGUUUGUGCUGGAGCAAGAGGAGUAUAAAAAGGAGGGAAUUGACUGGGAGUUUAUUGACUUUGGGAUGGACCUGCAAUCUUGCAUUGAUUUGAUUGAGAAACCUCUGGGUAUCAUGUCCAUUUUGGAGGAAGAGUGCAUGUUUCCAAAGGCCAGUGAUCAGACUUUCAAAUCAAAGUUAUAUGACAACCACCUGGGCAAGACCAACAUCUUCCAGAAGCCACGUGUGGUGAAAGGGAAGGCAGAGGCACACUUUGCUUUAUGCCACUAUGCAGGAAUUGUAGAUUACAAUAUUACCGGCUGGCUUGUGAAAAACAAAGACCCACUGAAUGAAACAGUUGUUGGGCUCUUUCAAAAAUCCUCUUUAAAGCUGUUAAGCACUCUCUUUUCACAGUAUGCAGCAACAGAUGGGGCUGAAAAGUCAGGUGGGAAAGGAGCCAAGAAAAAGGGGUCAUCUUUUCAAACAGUGUCUGCCCUCCACAGAGAAAAUCUUAACAAAUUAAUGACCAAUCUGAAAACCACACACCCACACUUUGUCCGCUGUUUGAUUCCAAACGAGAUCAAGACUCCUGGAAUCAUGGACAACUGCCUUGUUAUGCACCAGCUUCGCUGCAAUGGUGUACUAGAGGGUAUCAGGAUUUGCAGGAAAGGUUUUCCAAACAGGAUACUCUAUGGUGAUUUCAAACAGAGAUACAGGAUCUUAAAUGCAUCUGCCAUCCCGGAAGGACAGUUCAUUGAGAACAAGAAGAGUGCUGAGAAGCUGUUAGGGUCACUGGAUAUUGACCACACCCAAUACAAAUUUGGACACACUAAAGUCUUUUUUAAAGCUGGCCUGCUGGGCACACUGGAGGAGAUGCGUGAUGACCAACUUGCUCGCAUUCUCACUAGGAUCCAAGCUUAUGCUCGUGGCUUGCUUAUGAGAGUAGAGUUUCAGAAACUGGUAGAACGCAGAGAUGCCCUCAUGGUCAUCCAGUGGAACCUUCGUUCUUUCCUUGGGGUGAAAAAUUGGCCAUGGAUGAAACUGUUCUUUAAGAUUAAACCUCUGUUAAGGAGUGCUGAGUCUGAAAAAGAGAUGGCAAACAUGAAGGAUGAAUUCAAUAAACUAAAAGAAGCUUUGGAAAAAUCUGAGGCCAGACGAAAAGAGUUAGAAGAGAAGAUGGUCACUCUUCUCCAAGAGAAGAAUGAUUUGGUACUUCAGGUGCAAUCAGAGCAAGACACUUUAACUGAUGCUGAGGAGAGAUGUGAACAACUCAUAAAAAGCAAGAUCCAGCUGGAAGCUAAAGUCAAAGAGCUGUCAGAACGCAUAGAGGAUGAGGAAGAGAUCAAUGCAGAUCUCACAGCCAAAAAACGUAAGUUAGAAGAUGAAUGUUCUGAACUCAAGAAAGAUAUAGAUGAUCUUGAGCUGACACUGGCCAAGGUUGAAAAGGAAAAGCAUGCUACGGAGAACAAAGUGAAAAAUCUCACUGAGGAAAUGGCAUCUCUCGAUGAAAACAUAAUGAAACUAACCAAGGAGAAAAAAGCUCUUCAAGAGGCUCACCAGCAGACACUGGAUGACCUGCAGUGUGAGGAGGACAAAGUAAAUACACUGACAAAAGCUAAAGUUAAGCUUGAGCAACAGGUGGAUGAUCUUGAGGGCUCACUGGAACAAGAGAAAAAAGUAAGGAUGGACCAAGAACGUAGCAAGAGAAAACUGGAAGGAGAUCUAAAACUGACUCAAGAAAAUGUAAUGGAUUUAGAAAAUGACAAACAGCAACUAGAAGAAAAACUCAAAAAGAAAGACUUUGAAAUAAAUCAGCUCAAUGUAAAAAUUGAAGAUGAGCAAAGUUCCUCGGUGCAGCUUCAGAAAAAGUUCAAGGAAAAUCAAGCUAGAAUUGAGGAACUGGAGGAAGAACUGGAAGCUGAGCGUGCAGCCUGUGCAAAAGUUGAGAAACAGCGAUCUGAUCUUUCUCGGGAACUGGAAGACAUCAGUGAGCGACUGGAGGAGGCAGGUGGAGCCACAUCUACUCAAGUGGAGCUCAAUAAAAAAAGGGAGUCUGAGUUUCAGAAGUUACGUAGGGACCUUGAGGAAUCGACCCGUCAGCACGAGACCACAACUGCCACUCUUCGGAAGAAGCAUGCAGACAGUGUGGCUGAACUAGGAGAACAGAUUGAUAAUUUGCAAAGGGUCAAACAAAAGUUAGAGAAGGAGAAAGCUGAAUUAAAGUUGGAACUGGAUGACUUUUCCUCAAACAUGGAGAGUGUCGUGAAGGCAAAAGUCAAUCUUGAAAAAAUGUGCCGCACAUUGGAAGACCAGAUGAAUGAGCAUAGGUCAAAAGCUGAAGAAGCCCAAAGAGUUCUACACGAUCUGUCUACCCAGAAAGCCAAACUGCUGACUGAAAAUGGAGAAUUUGGACGACAAAUGGAGGAGAAGGAGUGUUUGAUUUCUCAGCUCACACGAGGAAAAAACUCGUACACACAGCAACUCGAGGACCUAAAAAGGCAACUCGAGGAAGAGGUUAAAGCAAAGAAUGCACUUGCACAUGCCGUACAGUCAGCGCGGCAUGAUUGUGACUUGCUGAGAGAACAAUUCGAGGAGGAACAAGAAGCAAAAGCUGAGCUCCAAAGAGCAUUGUCCAAGGCCAAUACAGAGGUAGCAACAUGGAGGGCAAGAUAUGAAACUGAUGGAAUUCAGCGAACGGAGGAACUGGAAGAGGCAAAGAAAAAACUUGUUCAAAAACUGCAAGAAGCGGAAGAGGCAGUGGAAGCGGUGAAUGCAAAGUGUUCUUCUCUUGAAAAAACUAAACAUCGCCUACAAAAUGAGAUUGAAGAUCUGAUGUUAGACCUUGAACGCUCUAAUGCUGCGUCAGCUGCCCUGGACAAAAAACAGAGAUCCUUUGACAAAAUCAUUGCAGAGUGGAAACAAAAGUAUGAGGAGUCACAAUGUGAGCUUGAAGGAACACAAAAGGAAGCUCGCAGCUUGAGUACUGAGCUCUUUAAGCUAAAAAAUUUCUAUGAAGAAACUCUAGAUCACCUUGAAACCAUUAAGAGAGAAAACAAGAAUCUACAGGAGGAAAUCUCAGACCUAACAGAUCAAGUGGGUGAAGGACGAAAGACUGUUCAUGAGUUGGAAAAACUAAGGAAACAGUUGGAACAGGAGAAAGCAGAGUUACAGUCUGCACUGGAAGAAGCUGAUGCUUCAGUUGAACACGAAGAAGGCAAAAUCCUACGAGCUCAGUUAGAGUUCAACCAGGUAAAGGCAGACAUUGAACGCAAGAUGGCUGAAAAAGAUGAGGAAAUGGAACAAGCGAAGAGAAACUAUCAACGUAUGAUUGAAACCUUGCAGGCCUCUCUUGAGGCAGAGACAAGAAGCCGUAACGAGGCACUGAGAGUAAAAAAGAAGAUGGAAGGAGAUCUUAAUGAAAUGGAAAUUCAGCUAAGCCAGGCUAACAGACAGGCAGCCGAUGCUCAAAAACAGUUAAAGAUAGUACAGUCUUGUUUAAAAGAUACUCAACUCCAAAUGGAUGACACACUUCACAGUAAUGAUGAUCUUAAGGAAAACGGUGCCCUGUUGGAACGCAGAAACAACCUCCUCCAAGCAGAACUAGAGGAACUGAGAGCUGUGGUGGAACAAACCGAGAGGGGUCGCAAACUUGCUGAGCAGGAACUUACUGAAGCAACAGAAAGGGUGCAACUCCUGCACUCCCAAAACACUUGCCUCAUCAACCAAAAAAAGAAACAAGAAUCUGACCUGCUUCAGCUUCAGAAUGAGAUGGAGGAGCUGGUGCAGGAGAACCGCAAUGCAGAGGAGAAGGCAAAGAAAGCCAUCACAGAUGCAGCCAUGAUGGCCGAGGAGCUAAAGAAGGAACAGGACACAAGCGCACACCUAGAAAGGAUGAAAAAGAACAUGGAGCAAACAAUCAAGGACCUACAGCACCGUCUGGAUGAGGCUGAGCAACUGGCAAUGAAGGGUGGGAAAAAACAGCUUCAGAAGAUGGAGGGCCGCAUCCGUGAACUUGAGAACGAGUUAGAAGCGGAGCAAAAGCGAGGUUCAGAGUCCAUUAAAGGUGUGCGCAAAUAUGAGCGUCGCAUUAAAGAGCUUACUUAUCAGACCGAGGAGGACCGCAAGAACCUGGCAAGACUUCAGGAUUUAGUGGACAAGCUGCAGUUGAAGGUAAAGGCCUACAAACGUUCUGCUGAAGAGGCUGAGGAGCAGGCAAAUGUCAGCUUGGCUAAAUUACGUAAAUUGCAGCAUGAGCUGGAGGAGGCGGAGGAGCGGGCGGACAUCGCAGAAUCUCAAGUAAACAAACUGCGUGCUAAAACCAGAGAUGGUGUGCCUGGAAAGAAAUCUCAAGAUGAGUAAUGACUCAGCA